CCAGAAUGCCGUGCCGUGGUGCUGACGUCAUAGGUCUGCGCCCGCUUCGUGUGUUUCCCUCCGGUUGCUCUGUUCGGCUUCCAUCCGUGUUCCUCUCUUUUUUCUGCUCCAGUUUUCCAGGAACCCAGCGGACCUGAGGCCAGGAUGGGCCCCGUAGAGCUGCUCCACAUGACGGUUUUCUCCCAGAGCUUUUCUCCCUGCGGACGCUUCCUAGCGGCGGGGAACAACUACGGCCAGGUGGCCUUGUUCAGCCUGGCGGCAGCCCUCAGCCCAGACGCCACGGCGGCCAAUCAGAAGCCUGUUCUGACGUUCAAAGCUCAUGAAGGUCCGGUCUUCAGCCUCCUGUCCAAUGAUGGCGUCCUGCUGAGCGCCGGGAACGGAGAGGUCAGCGCCUGGAGCUGGACCGAACUCAUCAAGAAGAACGUGAAGCCGCUCUGGACCAAGAGGCCCGACUACAAGUCGGGUCUGGAGAUCCCAGAGAUCAACUCCAUGGCCAUCAACCGUCGGGACAACAGCCUGGCGGUCGGCGCUGGAGACAACAACGUCCACAUCCUGGACCUGGAGCACGGAGCCUUCAAGGCCACGCUCCAGGGUCACACUGACUACGUGCACUGUGUGUGCAUGCGGGAACGGGAGGCGGAGCUUCUGUCAGGCGGAGAGGAUGGCGCCGUGAGGAUGUGGGACAGCCGGACGGGUCAGUGCGUCCACCGCAUCGAGCUCUACAAGUAUGAGAGCUGCGCCAGACCUCAGUACGGGAAGUGGAUCAGCUGCCUGACCACCGACUCCGACUGGAUGCUGUGUGGAGGCGGGCCGUCUCUUUCCCUCUGGCACCUGCGCUCCCUGUCCCCCACCUCCGUCUUCCCUCUGAGCGGCUGUCAGCGCCAGGCCGUCUUCCACCAGGACAUGAUCCUGGCCGCCGGCGACGGCGCCUUCGUCUCCCACUGCCUGCUGGGAGGAGAGGUCAAGGCCCAGAUCCCGUGCACGGCGCCGAGCCUCAACACGCUGCAGCUGAACACCAGGAGCUCUGAACACCGGAUGCUGACGGUGGGCGGCGGCAGCAACCGCAUCGACAUCUUCACCAACCUGUCCUACAGAGCCUUCUCCCUCAGCUUCUGACCCGUCAUCCGGACCGCUUCCCAGACUGUUCUGAUGAGGCGUAGAACCUGAAGCCCAAAUAAAACCUGAUCUUUUCUUAUAUUUCUACAA